UCAAGCGUCUGGUUGAACGAGACUAACACCGGGCAUGUAACAACUAACAUGUCGCGAAACGAAAAUGCAUUGAUUUUAUAAGAUGGAAUGGCCUACACUUUUGAAUAUUUGCAUAAUUGUAAUUUUGUCAAGAUAAAGACAGAUCUCAUGGUUAACGAAACAUGUCGGUGAAAUAACGUAAAUAGGCUAGAUCUACUAUAGCAGUCUUAUUUUGGUUUGCAUGGUAACCUGAUAAAUAUACCAGGAUUACUGCAGGUAACGUUGGGAACUGUUUAACGCAGUGAGCAUAAAACGGUUAGUUCACAACUCAAACAGAUUUUCAUAUGCAUAAGUUAUAGCCUUACUGUUUAUCUGUUUGUUUUGAUCGAUACGGCAGUGCUUGUCUAAAAUGAGCAUGGGCCGUUUUGGAGAAGACAUCAACUAUCGUCCGUUGUCAAGUGGUCAAACGUUAGUAAAGCGCGACUCUUACCAGAUACUUGAUAUUGACAUUGACAGAGGAAUUGAAACAUGUGGCAGCAAUCUAUGUGAUGAUCACGAGAAGGAAAUACCACUGUUCAAGUAUAGUGAAAUACCGGACUUCUUGCAAGGCAAUCCAUACGUGGUCAAAGGUUACAGAGUGUUUCUGCCCUUUAGUUUGUGCUUGAAAAGCUUAUUUGUCUGGAACAAUGAGACAAUCAACAUCUGGUCUCACUUGCUGGGUUUCAUUGUCUUCUUUUUCCUCGCGUUUUAUGACAACUUUAUGGUGCUACCCGUACUUAAGUCCUCCUACACUGAUCACAUCAUAAUCACCCUGGGACUGUUCUGCUAUCAGUUUUGUAUGCUGUGUUCCACGGGUUUCCACAUGUUUGCAUGCCAUUCAGAAAGAGCAAGUAAGAGAUGGCUGGCCAUAGAUCUGACAGGGAUCUCUAUAGGAGUCAUUGGCUGCUACCUCCCUGCUGUCCAUUAUGCAUUUUACUGUCUGUCUAUUUGGCGUGACAUCUAUUUAUUUAUCAUAACCUGCCUGUCUAUAUCAACCUUCGUGAUAAUGCAGAACCCCAGAUACUUCUCCAAUGAGUGGGUAAACACACGUUUAAUGGUGUAUGUUGGACUUGUAGCCUAUGGAGUUAUCCCUACCCUUCAUUGGAUAUACUUAAAUGGUGGCAUAUCAUCUGAUAUAGUACAGUUAUUUGUGCCAAAGGUUGUAAUAAUGUAUAGUCUUGGUGUGAUGGCAUUGGUAUUUUAUCUGACCAAGUUUCCAGAGCGGUUUGUUCCUGGUCUGUUUGACUUUGUUGGCUCAAGUCACCAGUGGUGGCAUGUGAUAGUGGUUGCCGCCUUCACCUUUUGGCACUAUGCCGGAUAUGAUAUACUGCUGUACCGUAUCAACCACCCAUGUCACUAAAGGACCAGAUAAAUUGUUGUAUCAUUUCAUUCAAUAGUUUUCUUAAUAGGUCUUGAAUCUAUCCAAUAUAAAGUUAAAUGUACCCAAUACAAGUAACGAUGUUGUGCGAGGUUUUUGUUUGUCUAAUUAUUACAUUUAAGUAAUAUGUGAGAUCAGGUAUUGCAUGAUAUUUUGUUACACGACUUACGUGUUUUUAAGAAUGAAGUUGACAUUUUUAAUAUUUGUUGAUAGACAGUGCAUUAUAUCAAGUGUAUCAAGUUAUGUCUAGAAUAUCACUAUUUGGUGUUAUAUUAUGUACAUGUCAAAGUAUUACUUUGUACUUAAACUUACGGUAUCUGUCAAAAUAUGUUGAUGACUUUACAUGAUUUUUUCCCCCUAUUUGUCUGUGGUGCCAAUUAUUGUAAACACUAGCUAGCAUAGAUCAGGUAUAAUAAGAGAUUUAUAUAGGCAUCCUUUCUAGUUAGAUCAAGUGUGGGGCAUAAUACAUGUAAUCACUUUAUAUAGAAAUCCAGGAUCCUUAACUACUGUAACUCUAAAAAACAGUAGUACAUGAUGCUGAUGUCCUUAACUUAACCUUCCACUAUUAAAUUACCUAGAUUAUGAAGCUAGUCUUAUUACCAAUAUGCUGCCCUGAAAAAAAUGUCUGUCCAUAACAAAUGGUUUUAAUUUAAAAUAAUGAUAUGUACACCAUAUUUAGGUGAACUAUAUGCCCAAAAGUAGGGGGGUACUAGUCCCUUGAAUGAGAAAUUUAACUUAAACCAAACCUGAAUAGAUGUUCCCAUUGAGAAGAGGGAGAUUCCUAUUGAGUUUAUGGUAAUUGGUCAAAGUACGUCUAGACUGAAAUUAUAACACUAACCAUUGAUUCUAUGUAAGAGGAUUUUGAGUGAAUGUUGCCCCAGAUGAGGGGGAUAAGCCUAUUGAUUUUGGGUUACUAAGUCAAAUGUCAAGGCCAUAGUAGCUAUAAAAAGAGAAAUUAAAGGAAAAUGUUGGUUUCAGGAUGCUAGCAUUUGAACAAUACAGCUGAUCUAAACUUACAAGUCUGAUGUCUGUCUAAUGUUUAGAAGAUCCCUGUAGAAGUAAUUGUUAAUAUAUUGAAAUUUUGUGAAAAUAUUAAUUUCCAAUUGGUAUUUUAAUCAAUUGGAUUUAAACCAAACUAAGAUGGAUAUUGCCCCUUCGGAAGAGGAACAUCUCUAUUCCCUUUUGGGUUGCUAGGUGACAAAUUAAUUUUAAUAUUGCUAUAAAUAGACAUUCCUGCUAUACAAUAUUUGAUUCCUGAAUGUGAACAAAUAUUCCCCCCCCCCCCAACCAGGAUCUAAAUCGGGGAAUAUAUGUCAGUUCUACUUCUACCAACUUUUUCCCUGUAUUUCAAAUAAAGAUGUAGCAGUGUAAACCAGAGAUGCUUACAUGUGUAUAUUAUGUAUUGACCUGUGAUGUAAAUGACAAUACAUUCCUACUUGGUACAAUUUUUACAGAUCCCAACAAACAUGAUACUCAUCUGACACAAUUACUGUUCACUUGCACAUUUCAUAUUAAAACUAGAUAUAAAUGUUCCAAAAGGAUUUUCAGUCUGAUCUCAUCAGGAUAACAGACUUAUCUGUUAUGCUUAAAAAAUGGUUUUAUCAUAUGACCAGUCUUAUGCUUUGUCAAGGUUUGUAAUGUAACUAGUAUUUGUACAUAGACUGACUGAUACUGAUUACAAGUUUAUUUAUUAGUACUGUUUUUUAUGGUUCAGCUGUUUAGAUGUACAUAUUUAAAUUGAAUUUAAACUUUUAUCAGUAUCUUGAGUUAGCAAGUGUACUGGUAACAACAAAACCUUUUCCAAUGAAGAUUUUAGCAUCAUUUGCUAGUCUAUUGUAGAUUUUUACCUCAUGAGGGUUCCUUGUUCAUGCAUUUUGUUUUUUUAACAUACAUAUUGUACUACAAAUUGAAUUUCCAUAAACAUAAUCAUGUACUGUGAUACAAAUUGAAUUCCCAUAAUUAGGGCCCCUCAUUUGGAGAAUUUUGUCAAUAUUUAUACUAUACAAAGAUUACAAUCGAUGUUGAACAAAAUCUGCGUAUGGCAUUGUACAGUAAAUAAUGUUCCUCCCCUAUUGUACUCUCGUCAAUGUAUACCAAGCCGUAUAAAUAUAACAAAGUACAGUGGUUUAUUGUUUAAUUGUUACCCCAUAGGAAUUUCUAUGUAAAUGGUUCAGGUUUAUGAUAAAUACUUGAUGGGGCCCUAUAGGGUUUUAGGAUGUUUAUUGAUGCUGUAUCUAUACUUGUAAAGGGCAUGGUAAUCUGCAUUUUGUGUAGCUCCAUAUUGUUAUUCCUGUUUUAGUGUUUGUCAUCUAGUCUUUUUAUCAUAUAAUAUACAGAGAUCAUUUCUACCAACCUGACCUACACACAAGUAUCAAUGGUUUAUACAUUAUUUACACAGAAACGUACUUGUUUAUAACAUCAAGUUUUUACCAACUUCAUCUCAAAUUUAAUGACAAUAUAGUCAUUUUUUAUUUAUUUAUUUAUGACCAAUUUGCAAAUAAAUACAAUUUCAAAACUUUU